AUGCAAGACGAGAAUGCCACAGAAAAUGACACAUACAAUUAUACGAGUUACUAUGAUGAAGGUGUCACACAAGAUUAUGCUCCUAUCAACUUAACUGAUAUUCAAGAUUUCAGUCAAGUGUUUCUUGCCACUCUCUAUAGUUUGGUUUUCAUCCUGGGCUUCAUAGGUAACGGACUAGUGGUGUGUGUCCUGGUGAAGCAUCGCAAUCAGAGCAACCUGACAGACAUCUGCCUCUUCAACCUGGCUCUCUCUGACCUCCUCUUUGUCUUCACGCUGCCUUUCUUCUCUCACUAUGUCAGGGUUGGUCAGUGGGCUUUUGGAGACUUCAUGUGCCGUUUGUUGUCCGGGUCUCACCAGAUUGGCUUCUUCAGCAGCAUCUUCUUCAUGGUUGUCAUGACGCUGGACCGCUACAUGAUCAUCGUGCACGCUCACAGGGUUGCACGUUUUCGCACAAAGAGGGCAGCCAUCAUUCUGACCGUGCUCGUUUGGAUGCUGAGCUUGUUUGUCUCUCUGCCGGAUUUUAUCUCCACACGGGAAAUAAAGGAAGAGCCUCAGAAGACUGGAUGUAACUAUCACAACAAAGUCUGGGAGCGUUACAACCUGUUCACCACAAAUGUGCUGGGUCUCGUGAUUCCUUUGCUGGUGAUGGUUGGUUGCUACUCCAGGAUCAUCCCCACACUGAUGAGCAUGAGGACAGCAAAGAGGCACCGCAUCGUCAAGUUGAUCAUCUGUAUAGUUGUUGCGUUUUUCUUGCUCUGGACUCCAUAUAACAUUUCUCGUUUCUUGAAGUUUCUUCAGGAAAAGGGGAAAAUCCCACGUAAUGACACCAUGGACAAAAAUAUAAGGCUGUCAGUGGCAGUAACUGAGGCGUUUGCUUACACUCACUGCUGUCUGAAUCCCAUCAUAUAUGCUUUUGUGGGAGAGAAGUUUAUGAGACGAGCCUUGCAGCUGCUGAAAAAGUUGGUGCCUGGUUACAGCAGAGAUUUGUCAGACAGCUCAUUCAGGAGGAGCUCAGUUAUGUCCAGGGGCUCUGAAAUCACCUCCACUUUUAAACUGUAG